AUGGGUGGGAAGUUAUAUGCUGCAACUGAUGAGGAUGAACCCGAGGUUUUAACGGUGUUUUACAUCAUCCCAGAUGCCGAUGGUCAUCCUAGCUAUAGGGCUCAAAAACUGGUUAUGCCGAUUCCUUUCAUGUUCUACAAUAUCUGGAGAAUGGAUGAUAGUGCCCUGCAUGUCACCGACUUUGAAGACAUGCAGCUAGCAACAGAUUCUACGUCAAGGGAGUUGUUUAUGAUUCUUCGUAGGACUAACUUUUCUUUAAUGGGUGAAGAAGAUGAUGAAGAUGAUGAAGAUGAAGAACUUCAUUUGUUAGAUGGCAGUUACAUCAAUCCACCUAAGACUAAGGGAUUUCGAGUUUUCAAGUUGGAGCAUGACAUUCAUGGUGGUGGUCCUCCUCGAUGGGUACAAGUUUUUAACCUAGGUGAUCGAAUAUUGUUUAUAAGCGAGACGACCAACAUAUUUAUGCAUAGAUAUAGUGGCUGCAUCCUUAAUAAUGAUAAGACACUCGGAAGAAACUGCAUCUAUUUUGCUUUCGAUUAUCCUUGUUUAUCAUCACUAUCGGCUGCCCACGAUUUUGGAGUGUUUUCCAUGACAAACGGAAGCCUUACACCUCUAAGUUUGUCCAAUACUCCUGCUUUACUUCACAGUCGACCCAUCUGGUUCACACCAAGUCUUUGGUAA